AUGACGGAAUCAGCAAUUGCUGCAACCUCCACAACCCUGCCCGUCCUCCCCGACGACUGCAUCUACGAAGUCUUUCAGCAUCUCUCCGCCAAGGGUACCUUUUAUCUCGCGAAUGCAUCAAAGACCUGCAGGGCAUGGAACAGGCUGUCAGAGAAGAACAGUCUCUGGCAACAACUCUGUCUAGAACGUUGGAGGACCUGGCCACCACCUCCUCCCUUCUCGUCGUAUUAUGAUGAUUACAACCAGCACCAAGGCAUUUAUCGCUCUCUCAACGGAAUGUCGCUCCUCAACAACCACAAUCAGGACGACUACUAUAUCAAUACCCGCAUGGGCUCGUCGACAACAUCUUCGUCCUCCAAAUAUCCGUCCCCACUCGAGAAAUUGCCCGACAUGCAUCAACCAAGUCAAUGGUACUCGACUUCUCACCCACCCUACGAACUUGACAGUUGGAAGGAGGUCUUUCGGGAGCGUCAAGAGAAGGACAAUAUUGUCCGGAUGUUAUUAGACGAGAUGGUGGAGGAUUCUCGGAACCGGAUGCGGCAUAUGGAUGGGAUUGCCGGGAUCGGGAUGGCGCAUGCGAGGGAUGUCCUCGAGAAUAUUAUCCAUGGGCGGAAUGGAGAAGUCAAGGACCUGUCGAGGACUUAUUAUGCGCAAAAGACUCUGAAAAGAUUGCAGAGGGGUUGGGUGCUGGACCAGUGGAGAGGGUAUCGAUCGGGGCAUCAGAGUUUCCCAGUCUGGCAGGGGUGUGGGUUGAUGGCCAUGUUCUCGGAUCAAACCAUGGAGUUGACGGAUUUGGAUCGACAGUUUCAGGAGCUUGCGGAUGAGUUCUUGGCGGUGUCGCCUAUUCAUGGUCGAGGGGCUACAUCAGGAGGAUUAAGCCCUGCUGGUUCUUCGGCGUAUGGGGAGGAUGGAUUGGAUGGACUGGAUUCUCGGUCAGCGACGACAGCGGUACCGCCAGUGUAUGUCAGCAGCAACUACUAUCAUGCAGGGAUCGAUCGAUACAGCCCAGGGUCGUUAAUGGAUACUUCGUCCACCUCGUCGGGCAGAUGGCCAAUGUCACCGGACAGGAUGCAGGAGCGCAUUGACGAAACGAACGAGCGGUAUCAGAGGCAUUACGAUGCCCAACUGGAUCGAUUGAAGGAUCUGAUCCGGUUCUUUACAAUCGAAAAAGGCUUCAAGGGUAACACCGAGAACUACUAUGACCCGUUCAACAGUUUUAUCGAUAAAGUCUUGACGCGCAAGGUCGGCAUCCCCAUCUCGUUGUGCAUUGUCUUUGCGGAGCUGGCAGAGCGCGUUGGUGUUCAUGGAGUCGAGUUGAUGGGCUUUCCUCAGCACUUUCUGCUUCGCCAUCGUCCCCCCGUCCUAGGAGCAGGAGGGCAUCAUGGGUCGCCAUUGUUGGGAGGUCACGAUGGAGCAGGACCUCCGGCGCCACCGACGCACUUUUUGGAUCUCUUUCACCCACCUUAUCGCCUGUUGCCGAUGGACGAGUAUGAGAAUUACUUUGCGAGUUUGAACAUUCCUCGACCUAUGAAUAUCUAUCGAGAUUUGCCUACGCCGCCGCUGGAGAUCUUUUUGAGGUGUCUGAGGAAUAUUAUUUUGGCAGUUGAGCAGACUGGAGGCGCUGGAAGGAUAGGAUCUGACCAUCAGACAAGUCUUUACUCUGGAAUCACGCAGCUGUUGGCGUUGCAUCCCAUUGAAGAAUGGGGUUUGUAUGUACUAUGGUUAAAGUAUCUGGGCAACUUUUGGCCAGAAGAUGUUGGGUUUGUCAGGAUGGCGAUUGAGGACAUGGAGUUGUCGGAUCACCGUCGUAUGGCUGGAAGAAAGACUUCGGCGUCUCCGACUCAACAGCAACACCAGAAGCCGCACCAUACAUAUGUUCGAGGACGAGGUGGUUUACAGGCCGCGGCUGGAUCCGCGAGCCAUUAUACUUCUUCGACACAGGAGACGAUCAAGAUCUUGAGGGCCCAUGUUCGUGAAUUGGAGAUGGCAGAUGAGGCGGGUGAAAAUGUGUCUAGUUCUUCCAUGAACUCUGGAGUGCCAUCGGAGGAGGACGAGAAUGGUGUUCGGCCGCCUAUGCGAGUCGCGUCUAUGUUUGGAGGGGAAGAGCGACGACGACCAGAGCCCGAGUAUUAUGUUGGAGAGGUGUUUCGGCAUCUCAUUUAUCGCUAUACUGGCGUCAUUUACGGCUACGACCUCAAAUGCGAGGCUGAAGAAGGAUGGAUUCGGUCGAUGGCAAUUGACCUGUUGCCACACGGACGCCACCAACCGUUUUACAAUGCAUUGUUGAGUGAUGGGUCGAAGCGUUAUGUUGCGCAGGAGAAUAUUCAGGUCCUUUUCCGAGAGUACAGGCAAGGCGGUGGCGGAGGUGCGGAUGCAGGGUCGUCGUCGCUUGCGGAUGGAUCAGCUGCGGAUCAAAUUCCUUUGGACUUGGCGGCUAUGCUCACGGCUGCCGGUGCCACGGUUGUAUCUGUUCCUGCCGAUGGAGGCAACAUCGAUGCUUCUGCAACUGCAGCUGGCUCUGAUCUAAAUGUUGCUGUUGCCGAAGGGUCGGACUCGGGAUCUUCGGACACCCCUCAGGCACCAGCCACGGCCGAGGACACGACGGGCGCAGUGAAUUCUGACGCCGCGGUGGUCGAUCCAGAUACAAGCACAGCAUCAGAACCAGCACCUGCAUCAACCACACCGGCGCCACUGCCAUCAGCUGGCACAGCUUCAGGAACAGCCACACCAGCAGCACCAGCAGUAACGCCAGGAGGAACGCCAUCAGUGCUGUCGAAUAUGACGUUCACGGUCUACAAUGUCGAGUUUUCCGAGCUGGGUCCGUUGGACAUUGAGGCUGUAGGGCAGUACUUUGAGGCAUGGGAUAACAAGCAUGGCCACUAUGUCAUGAACAAGGAGCUCCGUAAAGUCUAUCCCACAGAGGACUACCUCUAA